AUGGACCCUGUGGGCGCAGCAGACCCCUCAGCGCCCCCGGGACCUUUGACUCACCUGAACCUGCUGGACAACGCGGAGGCGCGGCCUCAGCACGGAGCCGACGGGCGGAGCCUCCUGGGCAGCUGGAGCAGGUCGUCCCCAGAGCGCACCACGAUCCUGCGGGAAGGCGUGCGCCGGUGCCUGCAGCAGCAGUGCGAGCAGACGGUGCGGAUCCUGCACGCCAAGGUGGCGCAGAAAUCUUACGGAAAUGAGAAACGGUUCUUCUGCCCCCCGCCCUGUGUCUACCUCGCAGGUCCCGGCUGGAGGGUGAAGCCAGUGCAGAGCCAAGCCCACCAGGCAGGGGAGACGGGGCCCACCGUCUGCGGUUACAUGGGACUGGACGGCGCGUCCGGCAGUGCCGCCGAGACGCAGAAACUGAAUUUCGAGGAGCAGCCCGACUCCAGGGAAUUCGGUUGCGCCAAGACCCUGUACAUCUCAGACGCCGACAAGAGGAAGCACUUCCGGCUGGUGCUGCGGCUGGUGCUCCGAGGGGGGCGGGAACUGGGCACCUUCCACAGCCGCCUCAUCAAGGUCAUCUCGAAGCCCUCGCAGAAGAAGCAGUCACUGAAGAACACGGACCUGUGCAUAUCCUCGGGCUCCAAGGUCUCCCUCUUCAACCGCCUGCGUUCCCAGACGGUCUCCACGCGCUACCUCUCCGUGGAGGAUGGGGCCUUUGUGGCCAGCGCACGCCAGUGGGCAGCCUUCACGCUCCACCUGGCUGAUGACCACCCUUCCCAGGGGGACUUCCCACCUCGAGAGGGUUACGUCCGCUAUGGCUCCCUGGUGCAGCUCGUCUGCACUGUUACGGGCAUCACGCUACCUCCGAUGAUCAUCCGCAAAGUAGCCAAACAGUGUGCGCUCCUUGAUGUGGACGAGCCCAUUUCCCAGCUGCACAAGUGUGCGUUCCAGUUUCCUGGAGGUCCGCCUGGAGGUGGCGGCACCUACUUAUGUCUUGCCACAGAGAAGGUGGUGCAAUUCCAGGCCUCCCCCUGCCCCAAGGAGGAGAACAGGGCGCUGCUUAACGACAGCUCUUGCUGGACCAUCAUCGGCACGGAGUCUGUGGAAUUCUCCUUCAGCACCAGCUUGGCGUGUACCCGGGAGCCUGUCACCCCGGUGCCCCUCAUCAGCACCCUCGAGCUGAGUGGCGGGGGUGACGUGGCCACGCUGGAGCUCCACGGUGAGAACUUCCACGCGGGGCUCAAGGUGUGGUUUGGGGAUGUGGAGGCCGAAACCAUGUACAGGAGCCCGCGGUCCCUGGUGUGCGUGGUGCCCGAUGUAGCGGCCUUUGGCAGCGACUGGCGCUGGCUGCGCACACCCAUCACAGUGGCGGUGAGCCUGGUGCGCGCCGACGGCCUCUUCUAUCCUAGCGCCUUCUCCUUCACCUACACCCCCGAGUACAGCGCGCGGCCCGGCCCCCCGGGAGUCCCCCAGCCUGCCACCGAGGCCGACGCCGACGCGCUGCUGGAGAGCAUCCACCACGAGUUCACGCGAACCAACUUCCACCUCUUCAUCCAGACCUAG